AUGAGGAUAUUAAACUUUUUACUCUUGACCAGUUCCCUGACUGUUCUUUCCCCGAUUCUCGCCAAACGUGGUGCUAAGCAAGCAUCAGAUUCAGAGCUACUUAAGUUAUCGUGCCUGGUUUAUGAUGACUUGAGUUUUUACGAUUUAAGAGGGUUGGAGUCCGAAUAAUCCGAUUAUAGUUUUAUAAGCAGCAACUCAAAGCACAAUUACUAUUUCAAUUUAUGUGCUUUCACAAAUAAAGCUUGCGGUGAAGACACAACCUAAGCAUUUGGAAUUAGGGUUGAUUAGAAUAAUUAAUGCACUAAAUUAACAGGCAAUAACCUUCAGAGUCUAAACACUUCAGUUGAGGAAUACUCUGAUGGGGAAAGAUAUGUAUAGCUCAAAUUCGCUGGUGGAGAUAAAUGUAAGGAAGCUGGUGCAACUAAUCCAGAAGCCAAGUACAGCAUGACUUUGAAAUUAGAAUGCAAAGCUGAUGGCAAGAAGGAAGCACCUCUCAAUAUCAAGACAGUUGAGGUAACUGACAAAUGUGCUCCAAUUAUUACUGCUAGUCACAAAAAUGCAUGCCCAGUUUUCUCAUCAACUACUUUCACUAGAUUCUUUGUUGACAGGCCUUACAUUCUUGGACCUAUUGCUAUUAUCUUUGGUAUUCUAGUCUCUUUCUAAGGAAGAAAGUUUUUCCCCUGGACUAUUGGAGUGAUUGGAUGCUUUAUUGGUGGUGGUAUUACCCUUCUAUUGUUCUCAAUGUCCAGCAUUUUGGAUUCUAUUCAAUCAAGCCAAGCUACUGAUCAGUCAACCUUCUUUGCUAUUCUCACUUUUAUUGUAGCUGGAAUCAUUGGUAUCUUUGUAGGUUUCAUUUUGUAGAAAAUGCUUCAUAUUGGUGCUGCCAUUCUUGGAGCUAUUGGAGGAUUCUUUAUUGGAGUUGCUGCCUACAAUAUUAUCUUCUUCAGCUUAAAGAGUGAGAUUCUUUUGACUUCUUGUUCCAUUCUUGGAUCUCUCAUUAUGGCCUUCUUAUCAUUCAGACAAUAUGAUAAUAUUGUAAUCUUUGGUACAGGAUUCAUUGGAUCAUACUCCUUUACUAGAGGUAUUUCUCUCUUUAUCGGAAACUUCCCAAAUGAGAUUCUUUUCUUCACCUAAUUGAUAGAGGGAAAUGUAAGUGCUACAUGGGAAACCUAUUUCUACUUGGCUAUAUUUGUAAUCUUGUUCAUACUUGGAGUAGUAUAUCAGAGAAGAAUAAGAGUUCAGGAUGCUCAGAAUAAUUAUAUCAAGUUCUGA